AACUAUUCUCCUUACUGGAGGUGAGCUGACACAACAAACAGAAAUGAACAAAAUGGCUUCCAGCCGACGAUGUUGACAACGGAACACGAUGUAAACAACGACCAUUUCUAGUUCAAAAUAACGUUCAAGGUUUCUAUCUUUCCCUUGAGCUGAGAUGGCAGGCCCUUUGACCAAUCUCCGUAAACCGAGGAAAACACCUCUACCUGGUGUCAAUCAGACUGGGCAAAGGGCAGCCCCUUUCAGAAACCCCACCGAUCUUUUUGAGGAUGAUGAGGACAUCCUUGGCCGAUCGGUCUCUCGUCAGUCUAGUUUAUCCACCAGCAGGAGCGAGACCAUGGGGAGUAGAGCCAACAAGCAUCUGCCCAAACUCUCCAAGGACUCCAAGCCCGCUCCUUCAGACUAUGAGCUGAUGAGUAACAUGAUGAGCCGCAUUGCUAAGUUGGAACUGCAGGUUCAGUUUUACACCAAGGAAAUCCUCGAGAAGGAUAAGAAAAUCAGCAUUUUGGAAGAGAAGACAAAACUUUUGCAAAAAUACAAAGGAGACCCGAACUCCGAGUCAGGCAAAGUGAGAGAUUUGGAACGGAAAUGCCAGGAGCUGCAGCAAACCAUCAAAGACAUGGAGGAUUUCUUGUCUGAUUAUGGCAUGGUCUGGGUUGGCAACGCUGAGGCUGACGGUGUUGGAGGAACAGAUGGGAGUGUUUACGAGGAAUUGUCUCAUCCUGGGGAAACGUCUCAACCAGCCAGUGUCUGGAGACCAGGUGCAUCAGUUGUACAGCCGGAGGGCCCCUUCCACGUUGAUUUCGAUCGCAUCAUAAAGAACAUCAAGGAACUGAACGUCGUUGCUGGCGACGGCGAGAAACGCAUCCGGCACACAGUCAGCGGGGCUCGGUUUGUGGCCCCGGACCCAGUACCCCUGACGCUCUACGCCAACGGAAUAUAUAUGUUCAACGGCCCGUUCAGGUCUUACGAAGAGCCAACCACACAACGCUGUGUACAGGAUCUUAUGGACGGUUACUUCCCCUAUGAGUUGAAUGAACGGUUCCCGGAAGGAGUCCCAUUUCAAGUAACAGACAAACGGGACACCGUCUACAAUGACCCACGUAACUUGGAGCAGUUCCCAGGCACGGGCAACCUACUAGGCGGGGAGAACAAGCCCUCUCGGCUGGUACCCAGCAACCUAGACAAGGCUACCAGCAUGGAGAGGUCCUACACGACGAGUCAUGACGGGAAACCAGUGUAUGAGACCAGCCAACCGCCCAAGCCUCGGCUGUCAGUGGACCAGUUCCUGAAUAAGCUGCCGUCUUCUGUCAUGAGAGAAGGCAAAGUCAUCGAUGUCAGAGCUUCACUUGCAGGAGACUUAAAGCCUGAUAGCACCAAGCCUGGCGUUACAAUCAUCGACACUCCAGCUGUCCAGGAGAUCCUUGAGCGCGUGGGCAGCCGCCCCCAGUCAGCGUCCUCGCCCCGCCCCCCGUCAGCUCGCAGCAGCAUAACCACACUGAGAGUCAAGACGGAGACCGGGGAGCACACGUUCAUCUUGAAGAUGCCAUACACGGACACGAUAGGGGAUGUCCGGCAAUACCUUGAUGCCAACAGGACGUCAGGGUCUAAGGACUAUGAGAUAGUGACCACCUUCCCAGCCAAGGUUUACGACGACCAAGAAGCAACACUCCAAGAGUGCGGUCUGACUCCAAAUGCAGCGCUGCAUCUCAGGGCAAAGAAGAAGUAAGAUUGGAAUCGAUUUGAGAUCUUUUGGGGCUGUUCUAAAGGUUGUGGGUUCGAGUCCAGCAAGUAGGGUUCACAGCACACUAAGUACAUGUGUCCUUGAGCAAGACAGUUUGUUGUGACUUGUUCCUAUGAAGGCAGGGAUGGUUGUGUGAAAAUUUGGGGUGCGGAUUGCCGAGACCACUUGGGGGUGGUUUGACAGGUUGUGGGUUAGAGUACAGUCUUGGGCAUUGCAACGCUUGUCUCUUUGGGCAAGGCCCUUUAUCAUGACUUGCUCCAUUGAGGGCAGAA